AUGUCGUUGAUAUCAGACGAAGCCGAGGGCGGAUAUUAUCUCCCUCACCACGCAAUUACCAAAUCCACAAGCACUACGACAAAGGUGAGAGUUGUUUUCGACGCUUCGGCGAAAACCAAUAAAGGAAUAUCGCUUAAUGAUACGUUAAUGACCGGUCCCACAAUUCAGAGUAAGCUUUUCGAACAUCUGGUGCGAUUCCGCACACAUAGAUAUGUACUCACUGCCGACAUCGAGAAAAUGUACCGGCAAAUUUGGGUGCAUCCGAACGACCGCCUAUAUCAGAAGGUCUUUUGGUAUCACGAGAGUCAUAUUCGUACUUUCCAACUGAAUACCGUUACUUUCGGCGUAUCAUCAGCUCCCUUUCUUGCCAUCCGAACGUUACAGCAACUUGCGAGUGACGAGAGCAAGGACUUUCCUAUCGGCGCUGAAAUAUUAAAACGCGAUCUAUACGUCGAUGAUCUUCUGACCGGUGCGGACACCUUAAAGGGACUUUUACAAAUUCGCGACCGGACCAUCGAAAUUCUGAAACGCGGUGGUUUCCAUAUUCGACAAUGGGCUUCGACUCACCCGCAAGCUCUUAAAGAUUUGAACGAACGAACACUGGACGUAGAAUUCCUCACCAACGAAAAUCCGAUUCUAAAGACAUUAGGCAUUACUUGGAAUGCGCGUCGUGAUGAAUUAAUUUAUACGGUCAACCCUAUCAAAACAAGUAACAGAGUUUCUAAACGUCACAUUUUAUCCGCAAUAACAAAAAUUUUUGACCCUCUCGGUUUACUCGGCCCGAUUAUUCUUACGUCAAAGGUGUUAAUGCAAGAGUGUUGGAAGGCAAAAAUUUCAUGGGACGAAUCAGUGCCUAGCGCAUUACACUCCUCGUGGUCAUCGUUCGUAGAACAACUCGAAUUGAUUGAUCAUUUGACCGUUGAUCGUUGUUUGAUAAUCAAUGAAUUCAUUGAAAUUCAAAUUCAUGGCUUUUGCGACGCGAGUAAGAUCGGUUACGGCGCCUGCUUGUACGUGCGAUCCCGCAACAAGCAAGGUGAUACGAUCGUAAGACUCUGUUGUGCCAAGACGCGCGUCGCCCCUCUUAAGGACAUGACCAUACCUCGACUCGAACUCAGUGGGGCCCUUACCCUCGCGCGUUUAUAUCAAGAAGCGUGCACGGCCUUUACUUUUAAACCGAAUAAG